UCUUCUUCUUUAUCGAACAUUGCUCGUGCAUAUUUCGACAUACUUCUUUUCCUUGUUGUUUUUCUUUUAUUCGCACGUAGGACGCGCUUAUUUGUACAGGACGCGCUUUGUAAAGUACGUCGUUAUCGGACGAAUUUUUGACUAAUUAUUCGCAGCGAAUCUCUCUUAUAAAAUCGGUAUUAGCCUUCGCAAGUAACGUCCCACGAUAAGAUCGUUGUUUUCGUUCUCGAGUAAUCGAUAAGAGCCUAUGCAGCUUUCGACUUGUCGCGUUUGUAUUAACGUGAGAAUCAAACGCAAAGAAAGAACUUACCUAGGAUCAUUGAGAUUCUACGAGGUGGUCGAUAAAGAAAGAAUUCGAUCGCGAUACUGGAUGUAUGUCGAACUUUUGAGGCGACACAUGUAGGCGAGACCGCUGCCGUAAUGAUUCGUAUAAAAAUUCUAUUUUAUACGAUCCUAUCGAAUGCAUUGCGCAUCCCCAUGCAUUUGUUAAUUGACCGACCGGUCACAUUUAUUUCCGGUUCGUCACGAGCGCGUUUUUCUGGUCUCGACGAACCUGGUUCAACGCCAGUAGGCGAGGUAGUCGCGAGGUUAUCGUUGCUACGGCUCACGUCUGUCAUUGUGUUACUCGAGUCGACUUAGCAUUGUUCUCGGCGAUCGAUGAAUCGUCACGUGAAUACUAGAGAGGCGCGCUAUAGCACCUCUGACGUGCUCGAUUUGCUCUGAAUAAAUAUUCGGAGAAACGAUUGCGUCGGUUCGUGGCGAAAGAAAAUCUACUCUAGCGCGCGUUAUACGAUGGAGAAGGAAAAGUUACCUUCUGACUUUAUCGCUGAGCUGUUUAGAACGCGACGAUAACGAUAGGGACGCGCCAGAGAGUUCCUUUGGAGAAACCUUACGUUGGGAUUUUCGAAACGAAAAAUUUUCGGUCUAAACGUUUUUCCACGUACUUGCGUUUUUCCAUAUCGACCGUGCGAAGAACCGCCGAUAAAGUCCUAAGAUUCGAGGAAGAAGUAAACAACGCCAUUUUUCCUCUUUCUCUCGUUCGUUGGACUUUGGUAUUUCUAGUAAAGUCUAGUAAAGCGAAUCGAUCACGCUGGAAAACAAGAUACACGUAUCGUCGGAAGCAACGAAACAACAAACAUUAGGCAGUUAUCGCGUUGUAACCCGAUAUUCUUGGACUUUUUGAAAAUUGAUCGUCCACGUCGAUGUGUAAGUUUCGAAAAGCCGAACGCGUCGCGUCGGAAUUGCGUCUACGCACGCGCACGCGCACGCGGGAACAGAACGCAUGACUUUUCAAAAGUUUGAACCGCAUAGUUUGGCGCGAUAUUAUGUUGAAAUAACUACAGUCGAAGCGAUCAACGGUCAUUACUUUUUAUCGCGAUAACGAAAAAUUCCAAGUCAAGUGUGUGCGAAACGAAUGAGAACUCUCGAAGGAACAAACAAACAAACAAACGAUCAACAUUAACGAUCUUACGGUCGCGCGUCAUUAUCUAAUAGUCGUGUCUUAUCGUGUGUGUAUGUAUAUGUACAAUCAAGGUUCAUUUGAAAGAGCUUCCAUAUUAACGAGUAAAAUUAAAGCGCGUCGAAUGAUAUUGUUUUCUUUCAAACUCUCCAUCUCGGUUAAGAAAAUAAAAUCGCUUUGUUUCGAUAAUUAGUUGAUCAUACGAAAGGUAAAGAAAACAAAAGAAAAGAAAAGAAAAGAAAAGAAAAGAAAAGAAAAGAAAAAAAACACAAAAAAAAAGCAAAACUCUUUAUCGCCAAAAGUUUCCGAUAGCGUGCGAUCUAUUAUGAAACUUCAUCGUGCCGCUUCGUUAUCGUACGCGAUAUUUGUUUUUCGAUCUCAAGAUAGGAGAACGUGCACGAUGAAGUUAGGUUACUUUCGCGAGAAUUAGAAACGCGAUGCAAUCUUUAUCGUGACUCUCGAUAUCUGCCUUCGUGGAGGUUCGUAGAAAAAAGAAAGAUUAGCGUUGUUAGAUUAAAAGUCAAGUUCAAAGAUAGCGGUUUGUUCCUCGGUGUAUCGACGGUCUAAGUUCAACGAUCGAUCGCCUUUCUUUGAAUUUUUUUUCGAAAAGCAAUAUUUUUUGAAAAGGAAAAAGAUCGUCGUAAAGGAAACAUAAAGGAGCAAGACGAAGGAAAGGAAGAAAAAGAAAAGUUGGCGGAAUAGCAAUUGGAUGCAACGCUCGAGGAAUCCGAGAACCGACCGGAUGCAACGCCAGAAUGGGAAUGCGAGGCAACGCGCGCGCCGCAAGAGUCCGUUACUCGUAUCGGCGUGUGGCGAAUCAGGCGCUUACCGUUUCGCCACAGCCGGCAGUAACGGUGGAGGGGCCGGUAUCCAAAAUGUCUCCACCGACGAACGACGUGACCAACGGUGUAGUGGCGCCAGCAGCCACCUUGGCGCCUCGAGUUCCUACGAACCCUUCGCUUACCACCGUAAAUCCGCUCACGCACAAGCGCACUCCGAAGGAUUUUAUUUUUGUCAAGGUGAUCGGCGAGGGAAGCUUCUCCACCGUUUACCUCGCCAAGGAUAUCCAUACCAGCAAGGAGUACGCGAUAAAAGUGUGCGAAAAGCGUCACGUCAUCAAGGAGAAAAAGACCGAAUACGUGAAACGCGAGAAGGAGGUGUUGAACAUGCUCGCGACAGCGAAACACUCAUUCGUGCGUUUGUUCUGCACCUUUCAAGACAUAGAAAGACUCUAUUUCGUUCUAUCGUACGCGAAAAACGGCGAGCUCUUACCUUAUAUCAAUAAGGUUGGCUCCUUUGACAUCGAAUGUACCAAGUUCUACUCGGCGGAGAUCCUACGUGGUCUCGAGUACCUUCACGGUCUUGGCAUCAUUCAUCGUGAUCUCAAGCCGGAGAACAUACUUUUGGACGAGAAAAUGCAUCUGCUAAUUACCGAUUUCGGCAGUGCUAAAAUCCUAAAAGAUCCGGAGACACCGCAAGUGAUGGGAUCUCCGGCGGAUGACGCUCAACAACAACAACAACAACAACAACAGCAGCAGCAGCAGCAACAGCAGCAGCCGCAACAGCAACAGCAGAGUCGCAAGGAACGCAGAGGUUCCUUCGUCGGCACCGCGCAAUACGUUUCACCGGAAUUACUGACCGACAAAACGGCGAGCAGAGCGUCGGAUCUUUGGGCGCUCGGCUGCAUCGUCUACCAGAUGGUCGCCGGUUUGCCACCGUUCCGUUCGCGGAGCGAAUAUUUGAUAUUCCAAAAGAUCUUAAAGCUCGAGUACGAAAUACCCGAUGGCUUCUGCGAGUUGGCCAAGUCCCUCGUCAGUCGACUUCUCGUGCUUGAACCGAAUGAAAGACUCGGCGCUCAGGACGAGCACGGCGCCGGUUAUCCCAGUAUUCGUGCUCAUCCAUUCUUCGAGGGUGUCGACUUUGAGACCCUCCACGAACAAACGCCACCGCCGAUUUAUCCCUAUUUGCCCGGCACCUCGGAGCACGAGGAACUCAGGUCGCAGUACAGAGUUCCAGAUCAUCUCGAGCCCGGCCUCGACGACAAGCAACUAACGAGACUUCUCGGUCUUGGCAUCGGCGAGGAUGACGAUGACGACGAUGACGACGACGACGAAGACGAAGACGACGAACACGAGAACAACGCGGAUAACAAUGCCGAACCUCCUAGUGGUAACGAGCCGAGCGAACGAGUCAUCGACAAACCCGCCCGACGUGCCACUGUACUUGCCGCCGCUGCCACCGUUGCCGAGAGACAACCGAGAAAGACUAGGACCUCCGGCACCGAAAGUAACAUCGCCGAUCUCACGCCCGAGGAGAUCAGAAAUCGAUUGGAGAAGCAACGAACGUCCAGUCAAUGGGACGUCUUCGUCGAGGGUAAUCUCAUCUUGAAGCAAGGCUUCGUCAACAAGAGAAAGGGCCUCUUCGCUAGACGGAGAAUGCUCUUGCUCACGACCGGACCUCACCUAUAUUACGUUGACCCUGUCAAUAUGGUGCUCAAGGGUGAGAUACCCUGGAGCCCCGAACUCAGGGUCGAGCCCAAGAACUUUAAGAUUUUCUUUGUCCAUACUCCAAACAGGACGUAUUAUCUCGAAGAUCCCGAGGGAUUCGCAUUAGAGUGGUGUAGAGCUAUCGAGGAGAUGCGAGUCCAUUGUUACGGCCUGCAGGAAUCUACCGCUUAAGAAGAAAGUUGUCCGAGAGCAAUGACUACGACUCGAUCGUCCGAGAAGAUGACGAUAGAGAUUCGAUGAUUUCAUCCUUUCGAAUUUUCACAUUAUAUAGGAAAGAAUUUGUUAUAUGUGUGUGUGUGUGUGUGUGUAUACAUAUAUAUAUAUACACACACACACACAGGAAGACAUCGUAGGGACCGAUAGAUGUCGCUUCUACUUUAGAAAAGGUACUCUAGAUCGUUUGGUCGUUUCCCCCUUGAUUCUCGAGGGAUCUUCUUAAAGUUAGAUAAAUUAUCGUUGCAAGAGGCAGUGGCAAGCUGCUUCGAGACAUUAAAGGUAGAGGGAAUUGUUUAGGGACAAGUAUUUGCAAAGCCGUAUCGGUCGUUCAUCGAUGUAACGUGAAUGUGACGCGGCGUCGUGCGAAGCUUUAGGAAAAUUCUUUAUAAAGUGUUUAUAGUCGAAAUUUCUAGUUACGGUUAGAAGAGAAGUGACUCGAGGAAAGGCCGAAUGAGAAUGUAAAAUUAAGAGAUGACGUUUAUAGCGGAUCGACGAAAUAGAAAAGGUAAAAUAUUGGAAGGAAUCUAGAUACGGACCACCAUCCCCUUUGCAGCUUUAAUAAUAUCGCUUACUUUUGUUACGUCAGCCGAGAAACAAUUGGUCGAACGUGCGUGCGACUCUUUCGUAUUCGAUCUUUUUAUUUAUUUAUUUUUUUUUUCUUCUUUUUUUUUUCUUUUUCUUUUUUUUCUACUUUUUUCGUCUCCCUAUGUACCUGUCUUGUAAAUAGAAAAGAACCAUUUCACUCGAAAAGCAAGGCAAAGUCUUUGCGAACCGAGGAUGCAUGUUUAUGCAUCCCCAUUAUAUAUAUAUAUAUUUAGAAUUAAUAAUUAGCGUAAUUUGUAAGUACAAAACAGUGUGUGUUCUCGUCGCGUCACCAUCGAUUCGCUUCUCCUCGGGUUUUUGCUCUCGUUCCAUUUUUUCGUCGCGACCAUUUUAUCGGGCCUUUGCGGAUUUUGAAG